AGAUUAUAUACACAUACAUGUUUGUACACGUAUUGAUCCAUGCACUACAACUCUUCAGCCCCUUAUAUUUCCAACCUAUAGCUCUGGCUAUCAACUAAUAUCCCAAUUUCUUAACUCAAAGGGUAUACCUAUCUAUGUAUCUGUACUGCGAACGAAUAUAAACUAAGGACUAUCUAACUUAUUAACUUGAAGGUUUGAAUAUUAAUACCUACUAGUUUGUCGCAAUGGGAAGAUCAGCAUGUUGUGAUGAAAAUGGAUUAAAGAAAGGGCCGUGGACAGCAGAAGAAGAUGAAAAGCUGGUGGAGUACAUGGAGAGGUGCGGUGGCGAUGGGAAUCAUCAGCGCCGCGGAAUCAGUUGGAGACAAGUGCCAAAGCUUGCAGGUUUGAAGAGGUGUGGAAAGAGCUGCAGGCUACGAUGGACCAACUAUCUGAGGCCUGAUAUCAAGAGGGGAAACUUCUCCCACCAAGAAGAGCAAACCAUCAUCAAUCUCCAUAAACUGCUCGGAAACAAAUGGUCCGAGAUAGCAAGCAACCUUCCGGGAAGGACUGAUAACGAAAUCAAGAACUUCUGGAACACCCAGUUAAAGAAGAAACUGCUCCAAAUGGGAAUCGACCCCGUCACCCACACACCAAUUUCUGCAACUCAUGAUCAUCUCUCCGCCAUAGCUGCUAGUACUAGCUUCAGUCCAUGCGAUUGGGCGCUCCUCCAGUACCUGAACUCCAAAAUCCAAGUGUUGCAAAAUAAUAUACUACAAGGGCAAGGACUUCUAAUUAGCAACAACGCUGGUCCUAAUGCAUAUGAUCAGUAUCGUUCAUGUGUGCUAGGGAUGGAUAUGGAGGCUGCUGCAGUUAAUUAUUAUAAUAAUUAUGUUUUAGGGUCAUCACCAUCCAGAAGCUGCUCAGUUCCGGACCAACAGCUACUAUAUCAUCAUGGGCAUGGACUUGGAUAUGAUUAUGAUGAUUUAACUAGUGCAACCAUGAUGAAUCGUCAUUCUAGUUGUCUCCAAGGUACUUCUUUCGGGACUAGUGAGUAUGAUCAUCAUGAUUCCAAGUUUGCCAUUCCAAAUAUGAAAGUUCCAUUUAGUACUGAUGAUCAUCAUCAUAAGCUGCAGUAUGGUGAGAGUGGUCAUCAAGAUCAUCAAUUGCCUGUUUUGGUUUCAGCAGCCACCUCGGCCUACGUCAUUAUCACUCAUGAUACUACUGCUGCUAAUGAUCAAUUUGCUACCCCAAAUAUUCCUCAUCAGUUUUCUAACAGUACCCAUUCAUCCACAACUACUACUACUACUAGUACUACUUAUUCAACGGCCACCUUUGAAAUUGAUCAUGAAGUAGCUUGCGCCGGCCGGGAUCUUAUAGUUAUGGAUGAUUAUCAUCAGGAAGCAACUAAUAAUGAUCAGUCUUAUUGGAAACACAUCAUGGAGUGAGUACUACUGCAUCCACAAUAUCAUCUGUUUUUCAUUUGCAGCUUGGCAUCUUGGCAUCUUGGUAGAUAUGGCCAAUCAAGAUAGUUUGCAAAUCCAAGAUGGGCAUCAUUCAUUAACUGUAGAUGAUGUUAUUCUUUACUAUUUUUAAGAGUAAAUUUAAUCUUUAUUUGGUACCCGGUGCUGGCCGGGCGGUUCACACUAUCGUGAAAUAUAAUUUUUGGUGCCAAUAAAUUUUAA